UUUUACUGCCCUGCAAAUUGGCACCUCUGUUUCUACGAAGCUAACUUUCAUAUAUCUCAGUCAACGGGGUCAACAGUUAUGUGCUUGUAUAUACAAGUCAAAUAGUACCAUCUCUCUCUUUGUUAAUUCUUCCUCCUUAUCUAAAAACCUCUGCGAUCUUUAUCCUCCACUCAUCAUCAUACUAGUAUGGAUUCUUAUUAUUCCUUUACCAAUGUUGCUGCUGCUGCAAUAAGCUUCUACGCCCUUUUGGGUACAAUGUUCUUCAACAGAAAAUCCAGAUCCCAUCAAGAAAACAAAGCAAUGGCUUCUUCUUCUUCUUUAACUCCGUUGGCUCCUUCGUCCCCUCACAAUUGGAAACACCAUGUCUUCCCAAGCUUCCACGGGGCUGAUGUCCGCGAAAACUUUCUCAGCCACAUUGUCAAGGAGUUCAAGAGCAAAGCAAUUGACCUGUUCAUUGACAAUGAUAUAGAGAGAAGUAAGUCAAUCGAUCCUGAGCUCCUAGAAGCUAUAAGAGGAUCUAGGAUUGCGAUUGUCUUGCUCUCGAGGAACUACGCUUCGUCUAUAUGGUGCUUGAACGAGCUUGUUGAGAUCAUCAUGUGCAGAGAAGAGGUGGGGCAAACAGUGAUGUCUCUUUUCUAUCAAGUGGAUCCAACUCAUGUAAAGAAGCAGACUGGUGAUUUUGGAAAAGUCUUCAGAAAAACUUGUAAAGGAAAAACAAAGGAGGAGAUCGGAAGAUGGAAACAUGCUUUGACGAAAGUGGCUCAAAUCGCAGGUUUCCAUUCUACAAACGGUAACUCAGAUGAACAGAAAAAGGGACUUCUUCCUCAAGAAAACAUGGAGAAAGGAUGAGAUCAUGGAAGAAGGAAGAAGACAAAAUAUGAAUACUUUCUGUUAAAAUUAACGUGUGACCAAAUGAGUCACUAUAUACACUUGAGUUGUUUAGCUAACCGGAACAAACCGGGUGUAAUAUAUACAAUAGACUAAA